CAUCUUGAUUACACUCGGCUCAGCAAGUGGAAGAGACAUAGGCAGCUUGCCUAACUAACUAUAAAUUAAUGUAGUCUGUUGAUCUUUUGAGUGCGGAUAAUCAUUGGGUUAUUCCUUCUUAAAUAAUGGCUGGAAAUGAAGGAAUGGAACAUCUUAUACCCCUAGUUAAUAAACUCCAAGAUGCAUUUACCCAGCUAGGAGUUAGUCUUUCCUUAGAUUUACCUCAAAUAGCUGUUAUAGGAGGCCAAAGCGCAGGGAAAAGUAGCGUUCUUGAAAAUUUUGUUGGAAGAGAUUUUCUACCACGAGGUUCUGGGAUUGUUACUAGAAGACCUCUAGUGCUGCAACUAGUCAAUUCUAAUGUUGAGUAUGGAGAAUUUUUACACUGUAAAGGAAAGAAAUUUACAGACUUUGAAGCAAUUAGAAAAGAAAUUGAAGAUGAAACUGACAGAAUCACAGGAGCUAAUAAGGGGAUUUCUCCUGUCCCAAUCAAUUUGAGAGUAUAUUCUCCUCAUGUUUUAAACUUAACCCUUAUUGACUUACCUGGGAUGACAAGAGUGCCAGUAGGUGACCAGCCUGCUGACAUUGAACACCAGAUUCGAGAUAUGAUUCUAUCAUUUAUUCGUAAAGAGAAUUGUCUCAUUCUUGCUGUCACUGCUGCAAAUCAAGAUGUGGCCACUUCUGAUGCCCUGAAGCUUGCCAAAGAAGUUGAUCCAGAAGGGAUGCGUACCAUAGGAGUCAUCACAAAAUUGGAUCUAAUGGAUGAGGGAACAGAUGCUCGUGACAUUCUUGAAAACAAGACCCUUCCCUUGCGCAGAGGUUAUGUUGGUGUGGUAAACAGAAGCCAGAGGGAUAUUGAAGGAAGAAAAGAUAUUAAAGCAGCUCUUGAUGCAGAGAGGAAAUUCUUUCUAAGUCAUCCUAGCUACAGGCAUAUGGCAGAGAAAAUGGGAACUCCAUAUUUGCAACGGGUACUUAACCAGCAACUUACAAAUCAUAUCCGAGAUACAUUGCCGGCAUUGAGGGAAAAAUUACAACGUCAGUUACUUUCUAUGGAAAAGGAAGUUGAAGAGUAUAAAAGUUUUCGUCCUGAUGACCCUUCACGUAAAACUAAGGCCAUGAUGCAAAUGAUUCAGCAGCUACAGACAGACUUUGAACAGAAUAUUGAAGGCUCUGGUUCUGCAGCUGUAAAUACCAAUGAGCUCUCGGGUGGUGCUCGUAUCAAUCGUCUGUUUCAUGAACGUUUUCCAUUUGAAAUUGUUAAGAUGGAGUUUGAUGAAAAAGAAUUGAGAAAAGAAAUUGCUUUUGCAAUCAGAAACAUCCAUGGUAUAAGGGUUGGGCUUUUCACUCCAGAUAUGGCUUUUGAAGCUAUUGUUAAAAGACAGAUAGCCAGGCUGAAGGAACCUUCUCUAAAAUGUGUGGAUUUAGUUGUUAGUGAGCUAGGCAAUGUCCUUAGGAAGUGUACAGAAAAGAUGGGUCGAUUCCCAGCACUACGUGAAGAAACGGAAAGAAUCAUCAACACUCACAUCCGUGAACGAGAACAGAAGACAAAAGAGCAGCUGAUUCUGUUAGUCAAUGUGGAACUGGCAUACAUGAAUACUAACCAUGAAGACUUUAUAGGAUUUACAAAUGCUCAACAGAAAGCAGAAAGUACAGCUGGAAAACGAACCAUUGGAAAUCAGGUGAUUCGUAAAGGCUGGAUGUGCAUUCAUAACUUGGGUAUCAUGAAGGGUGGUUCUCGAGACUAUUGGUUUGUCUUAACCUCUGAGUCACUCUCCUGGUACAAGGAUGAGGAGGAACGAGACAAAAAGUACAUGUUACAUUUGGAUGGUCUGAAGAUCAAGGAUAUUGACCCUGGCUUCAUGUCACGUCGUCAUAUGUUUGCUCUCUUUAAUCCUGAUCAGAGUAGGAAUGUCUAUAAAGAUUACAAACAGUUGGAGCUAUCAUGUGAGGGUCAAGAAGAAGUGGACAGUUGGAAGGCAUCAUUUCUCAGAGCAGGUGUAUAUCCAGACAGAUCAUCAGGGUCAGUAAAUGGAGAUGGAGAGUCUGAAAGUUCAGGCCAAUCUAUAGACCCUCAGUUAGAGCGUCAAGUUGAAACAAUCAGAAACCUGGUGGAUUCUUACAUGAAAAUUGUAACCAAAACUUUCAGGGACCUUGUGCCUAAGAUUAUCAUGCAUUUAACAAUUAAUAGUGCAAAAGACUUCAUCUACAGUGAUCUGCUUCCAAGCCUUUACGCAUCAUGUGAUCAGGCAACACUAAUGGAAGAGUCCCUGGAAGAAGCUAAGAAACGAGAUGAAAUGCUUCGGAUGUACUGUGCUUGUAAAGAUGCUCUGAAAAUAAUUGGUGACGUUUCCAUGACAACAUCAUACCAACCUGUUCCACCUCCAGUGAAAGACGAUUGGCUGAAGGCCAGCACACCUGAAUCACCCAGACCUUCAUCACCAGGGCCAAGAAGAAACUUAUCUAUUAGAGCCCCCCCACCUCCACCGGUAGCUUCUCGACCAGCACCAGUAAUACCAUCUCGCCCUGAUGCUGGAACCAAUAGAGCACUUCCUGCAGCUCCACCUAGGCCAGUGUCUUCAGGAAACCUUCCUCCACCUUUGGUACCAUCCCGAGGGUCUGGAGGAAAUCUGCCUUCCAUUCCACCACGAACAUCACAGGCAGGACCUGAGCCCAUUCUGGAUGCAUUUGGCAUGCCUCUACAUAAAUAACUGGCCAUUUUGUCAGAGAGAGGCUGUUCUCUCCAAUUGAAUAAAAGAUGUUCGUUGGUGACUGGAUGCACUGCUUGUCUGUACUUCUUUUGCUUUAUCUUCUGCUUCUUAAAGCGUAGAUUGUUUUUGCCCUGUUUGAAGGAACAUGUAUAAGUGAGAAUGUAAUGUUACAUAGGUUGUAACACAUUGCAGCAGGGUUUGUGAUACUCUUCUUAGAUUCAGUAAUGUUACUUCUGAUUAUUUCACUUUGAUGGCUUUGCAAUUUUAUGUUUUUUUGUUUUUGAAUAUUCUUAUAAAUUAUGUACUCGUUUUUCCAAAAGAAGAAAAGUUUAGUUAAGUAAAGUCUGGGGUUUUGUAAAAUAAGCACACUUCUGGUUUUAUGAAUGUGUGGGUGUAUGAUUAAAAGGUUUGUUUAUUUUGUGACAUAAAUGAAAUUUGUGAUGACACGAAAAAGUGGUGACAUACACAAGUAUGCAGUUAAUGUUAGCCGUAGUUUACCUUACCUGGAUAAAACCUCUGUGGUUCUCACUUAAAAUACCACAAAGUGUAAUUGACUCUUCAGUCUUUAUUGUUGAGUUUAUAAUAUGUAAAAUUUAUUUUGUAGAGCUUACUAGAAAACUAGUUGGAUUUUUUUUUUCUUGUAUAUGUUCUUUUGUGUUUGUUUAGAAAUAAUCUUACAAGCUUAUUAGUGUUUAGUCUUGUCUUCAGAAUGGUAAACAUCUGCUGUUUGUUGUUAAGCAACUUCCCUUUGUAGUUGUAAAAUGUAAUAUCAAGAUAUUGGCCAGUUUGUUUGUCAUGAAACACCUCUUAUAAUUACGUAGAAACCUGAUCAGAAUUGUAAAUAGUCUUUUUAAUGUCACCAACAGUCAUUUAAUUUGAGAUUUUUUAAGCAUCAUCCUUUGCAUUUAUAAUUUUGAAUCAGAAUGGUAGAUAGUUUAUCACUAAGCCACAUCUUCUCAUACACUUGUAACAAAACUAAGUUUUGAAUGAUUCAAAUUUGUCCACCUGUUGAUUUUCUUUGUUGAAGAAGAAGUUUUUUUUUUAAAUGUGAUAUAUAAUAUAUACUAAUUUAAGGAACAAAGCCUUUCUACACAUAAAAAUAAACUAAUCACAGCAACAAAAUAAUGUAACACCAGGGUACAAGUUAUGUGGUGGGAAAAUAUAAAAUGUAUCCUGGUUUUGAUGGUGUCUACAGAAGUAAAACCUACAUAGCCACUAUUAAUAUAGAUAUCUAGGUAUGUAUAUAAUUACUAGUCACAUAUUUAAAUGUCUGUACUUAGAUAUGCAAUAUAUGUGUUCAGUUUGCAAAGUAGUAUUUCAAGUUUUGAAGUAGGCACUAUAUAUCAGCAUUUCUGAAAUAUACAGUAUAUUCAUAUCUCAGUGUGUUGAUGUUUGUAUUUGUAUGUACAAGUAAUUUUCAGGUACUUAAUGUUGUGGGAAAUUCUGUUAUAAAUAUAUGUAUCUACAAAUUGUUUUUUAGGUAUUCUGAUAAUAUGUACGUGCAAUGAAUAUUUUAGUGUCUGUUUCUCACCUGUUAUUUAAUUUUGUUAAAGUGCACUCACAAAAUUGAUUUUAAUUGGGUUGCUGUAUUCAAGUAUAUUUUAUGUUUAAAAUAUUAAGCUUUUGAGCAUGAUAUGCACAAGUGCGUGUGUUGUCAGUCUGAAGAAGAUACAAUAUAUGUAUAUAUAGAACAGCUCUUCUUUAUUAAUGUUAAAUACAUUUCUUGCUUAAUUGAAGUGGUUUUUCCAGACUUUUUUUCUUUUACACAAAUUGAACUUCAGUUGUUAAUAUGUUAAACAUAUACAAGUUAGAUGUUUAAGCUUCUAAGAGUUUUUAUGGUUAUUAUAGAAAAUUUGAUAAUUAGACUUUUCUUACCACAUUUAGAAAAAUUAUUUAAAUAUUACUCAGAACUUGAUAAUUGUAGAUGUUUUUAAGUACAGGAGAGCUAUAUGGUCAACUUCAGUAGUUUUCUGCAGAAAUUAGACAUAGUUCUAUAUGCUUCAUUGACCUCAAGUUACUUUUGAUAUUUUUCUUCUAGACAUAGUAAAUAGAAUUGUUUUCAAGUUCUUGAUUUGUAUAGAUAAGAAACAGCAUGUUAUUUUUUUCAGUUUUUGUUCAUUUCCCCUCCCCCAAUUUCCAUUACUUAUUUAGUUAGUUACGUUUUAUUCUGUUUUGUAGGAGACCCCUACCUUCUGUUCCUCCGCGAAUCCCUGACAGACCACAGGUUCCAGCCAGGCCUAAUUAGGUCACUACCGAUUUAUCAAAGUGUACUAACCAAGACUUUUUGAUCAGUGUACCAUUGGUUUCAUCCCUGAUUUAACCAUAGUUUCAGUUGUUUGCAUCACUAAAACCUUACUCUGGAGCAUCAUGUUUGCUAAAUGAUUAACUGAACUUCAGAAUUUUCUCAGUGUACAAAUAAUAGCUAGUUGCAGACUAAGCAUCAUCACUUUUCAAGUAUUUAUUUUGCAUUUUUAUUGUUUAAUCUACUUGAGAACUUUGUUUCAUCUGUAAAAAAAAUAUUAUUGACAGUUGUAUGUAUAAGAUAUGUAUAUUGUGCACUGUUGUAAAGUAGAGUAAUAUAAAAAUGUUGACUAGUUAUUAUUGGUAAACUUACAGUACACAUAGAGAUCAUGCUGCAUCUUAAAUUUAUUUUUCAAUUUAUCAAGUCUUAUGAGAUGAAGGAGAUAUUGUUAGUAAAGUUUUGAAGAGUUAAAAACUAUUUGGUAACUGUUACAGAGAUAUUUUUUCUUUGCUAAAUUUGUUGUUAGUGGUAUUAAAAAAGGGUAUGAAUAAAUAUUUGUUUGAGGAGUGUAUGUAGAUAAGUUUCUUUUGUGUUUUUGUAAACCUGAAUGAGCAUCAUUUGGGAAUCUCCAUUUUAGAUAACUUAUUUAUAUUGUGGUUUAAAAUUUUGACUUCUUUCUUCAAUAUCCUGUAGCCCACAUCAGCAAUAUGCAAAAUUAUAUAGUUGCUCUUAUGUUUCAAACAUUUUUUCUUCAUACACUAAAGUUGUUAAAGGUGUUGUUCAGAUGGGUUGUUAAUCAGGUUAAGCAAUACAUGAAUAAUUUUAUUGUUGCAUGUAUUGGCCAGUGGUAAAGGUACAUAAAUUAUUAGGGUAACAGUGUUUGUAUUUUUGUUCUAUUCUCCAUUACAACUGCAAAUGUGUAAAAAUUAAGACUUUUUUUAUGUAAUUAGUUAUUAAGUAUGAUGUAAGUUUAUGAAAAAAAAAGGAAAAACAUGCUCAUGCAUUUAUAAUGUAUAUAUACAUGUCUUCUGAAGAUUCCUCAGAUGGGAACUUUGGUUUCAGAAUUUAAUGUUGAAUGAGUAGUAUAAUAUUUUCAGUGGUUUUGUAUAUAAUGUGCAGUAAUAUAUUUGUAGAAUGUGGUGUUUGUCAUGUAUAGAUGGAUUAAAAUUCUUUCAAUGAAUUA